AGCAGCACGCUCUGUCUGGACCUUAUGGAUUUGUGUGAUGGUGAGCCUGCUUGCCCAGGAGGAGAGGAUGAAGACCCUCGCUUCUGCCGUUCCUUCCCAUGCCCUAUGAACAGGCCUUUUAGGUUCCGUAGUGGCAAGUGCAUCCAGAAGCAAAGCCUCUGCGAUGGAACCUUCAAGACUGCGAGGAAAGGGGAAGACGAGGCCCUGCAGUACUGCACAAGAUCCACGAGGAGAUGCUGUGCGACGGGUCCUACAACUCCCUUUGAUGCUUCUGAUGAGCUUCUCUGCGGCAAGAAGAGCUGCCCGGCUAGUCGACCUUUCAAGUGCUUGAUGGCGUCUGUAUUUCAAUGGAUAAGGUUUGCAAUGGAGUUGUGGAUGGAUGCCAAGAUGGAGGGGAUGAGAAAAACUGCACAGCAAUACCCUGUCCUAUUGACCGCAGUUUUAAGUGCAAAAGCGGGCUGUGUAUUUGACAGCUGGCUGGUUUGCAACAGGAACAACGACUGCCCAGACGGAAGUGAUGAAGAGAACUGUGGCAACACAACUCCCUUGCCAUCCACCACAGCUCGCACAACCUCCACGACUGUUGGUGUUACGCAGCCUUCCUGCGCCAGUGACGAGUUCCUCUGUGACACUACUGGGGCUUGCAUAUCAAUGGACAAUGUGUGCGAUGGUCGCAGAAACUGUGCUGGUGGAGAGGAUGAGGAAGACUGUUCAGCGAAACCCUGCCCCCCGACCCGAGAAUUCCGCUGUAAUGACGGAACUUGUGUCGCUUCUGACACCUUGUAUGGCUUCCAGACUGCAAGAUGA